AUGGCCAUAAAAACUAUCGCAAUUGUGGGCGGGGGACCUUCGGCCGUAGGUGCAGCCAAGGCUCUUUUAAAAGAAAACUGUUUUUAUAAAAUUCACAUAUAUGAGAGGCGAUGUACGACUGGAGGUUUAUGGAAUUAUAGUAACCAGGCACCACUUUUCGAAAUACCUAAUGUGAACUCAAAUUUGCAGAUUUCUCCAGAGAAGGUCGACAUCAUCAAGGAAGAUGGAUCAGGUAAUCAGGGGCCCAAUCAUAGGUUUGGUGCUCAGUAUAUUUGGCCAUCUCCCGUUUAUGAUUUGCUGGAUACGAAUGUCCCGAAAGAUAUUAUGGAGUACAAAGGUUUCAAAUGGCCAGAUGACACACCGCUGUUUCCGCUGAGAGAAGAAGUACUUUGUUACUUACAGGCAUACUCGAGGGAAGUGGAGCCAUACAUCAAGUUUGGCCACUUUGUUUAUGAUGUUAGUCAAUUGCAGAACAACCAAUGGAAAGUCAGCUAUCGAGUAGUUAACGAAAGCACAGGCGGUGGCGUCACUAGUGAUCAGAGAUUCGAAUCAUCAGAAGUUUAUGAUGCUGUUAUCUUGGCUGUUGGAAACUAUGAUGUUCCUUUCUUACCCGAUUUGCCUUAUCUAAAAACCUGGAAUGAAAAGUUUCCAGGUUCAAUCAUACAUGCAAAGUCUUUUCGACACCCAAAACAAUUUGUCAACGAAAGUGACAUUUUAGUGGUUGGAAAUUCAGCAUCGGCAAAUGAUAUCUGUUACGAAUUAGCGACCACUUUGAAGUGCAAUAUUUACAAAUCCAAACGGUCUGAGAAUAAUCUCCCGUCCCCACCAAAUGAGGGUGUUAUUGUAGUCCCAGAAAUUGCACGAUUUAUACCAGAAUCCCAGGAAAUUGAGUUUAUAGAUCAAUCCAGAGUUGGUAAUGUUUCUAUGAUUAUUUUUGCCACGGGGUAUUUAAAGUCAUUCCCGUUUAUGAAAAGAAUAAACUCGUCUAGUAAACCAUUGGUGAAAGAUAAUGGCACAAGAGUUGCAGGACUGUAUAGACAGAUCAUCUCGUAUGAACACCCAGGAUUGGCUGUGAUAGGACUUCCUAGAUUUGUGCUUCCUACAAGGCUAUCCGAAACCCAGGGUGCUUGGCUUGCUAGAGUAUUUAGUGGGCGUAUUAACUUACCUGAGAAGCAAACAAGGGCGAAAUGGGAGGAGAACCGACUGAAUGUGACAGGACCUGGGAAGGCAUUUCAUGAUUUGAAGUUUCCGUGUGACGUACUAUAUUCCCAUGAACUAAACAGAGAAAUUUGGAAAGGCGGUUUGGACCACGGGCUAAUCCCGAUAUCCUGGAAUCAGGACCAAACCAAAAUACGUGGUGGCAUUAAGGAGAUCAAAGAAUCUUAUAUUAAGUACAAGAGAGAAAGAGGAAAAAAGGCAACCACUAUCAAGCAACUGGAAGAGAACGCUGGAUUAGUACUUCCGCCCCUCGAAGCUGGUAUUUUUGACUUCUCAUUCAUUGCAGGUGAACACGCAAUGUGA